UCAGGUCGGGUGACAACAAUUAGGCUAAGUAUUGUUACGUGUUUGCCGAGAGGGGGGUUGCUGGGGCGUAACCGCUUGCUAACGCAUACCUUAGGCCUAUAUAUAACACGUGCAUCUAUAUAUAGCUACAUAAUCGUUACACAGAGCAGCUGUGGUAUCACUCGUGAUAACACCUUCCUACACGAGUGUUCGAGACUUUACCCUGGCUCCACGAAGGAUCUACGGUUUGUUGUAGUUGGACCACUCGAGCUUCACUUUAUAAAUCUUGUACAACGUUGCAGCCAAUAUUUUCAUGGGAAGUACGUUAUCAUGGAUGGGAUUUUCUAUUAUAAACAGCAUUGAUAGAAAGUCAAGUUGGCCCACUCACCGUUAACAUGGCCGCUGUGGGGAAGACCUGUACAGGCUUGCUUCGUGGCAGUCGUCUUCACAGACUCCUCACCACACCAAAUGCUGCUCGGAAUGUGUCUCCAUACCCUCACAAACUACAGAAUGUAUUAGGCGUUCGUGGCACUCGUGCCACCUACAGCUCCGUAUCGGAUCGUAAUGCCACCCAGUCCGAAGUCAGGACCAUCAACAGUGUCAAACCAACCAAGGCCUCUGAUGCCAGCAAGAAGGCAUCACUAGUCAUUUUUGACAAAGAUGGCACCUUGAUUUGCUUCCAAGCAAUGUGGUCCCCUUGGGCCAGGAAAAUAGGAUCUAAAUUGGAGGAGGCCACCGGACUAGACAUCCAGGAGAAGGUGUUUAAGACGAUAGGGUUCUGUGACUCCUCUGAUCGAGUUGUCCCUGGCUUGCUAGCGGAAGCUACCACCGAGAUGUGCCAGGAUGCUGUAGUUGAGCUCCUAAAACAGGAGGGUGUGGAGGAAGUCAAAGGCCGGGCCAUUGUACACAACAUCUGGGAGGAUGGACACGGUGUUUACAAAACGAAAACUCUAGCUGACCUCAGCACCUUGUUUAAGAUAUUAAAAAACAACAAUAUUAAGAUUGCAGUUUGUACCUCUGACCAAAGAAAAGGAACUGAGCACCUGCUAGAAGAAUUGGGGGUUGUCGACCUCGUUGAUCACAUCGUUUGUGGAGACGACCCUAACAGUGUUCCAAAACCUGCCGCAGAUAAUGCCCAUUUGAUUUGCAACAAGCUUGGUGUGAAACCUGAAGACACAGUUAUGGUCGGAGACACCAAGGCUGAUGUAGGUAUGGGAAAGGCUGCCAAGUUGGGAUGGAACAUCGGAGUACUCAGUGGUGUAGGUCAGACAAAUGACUUGUACCCGGCAGCCAGCCAUGUGAUUGAGAGUGUUCAGGAUUUACUGCCCCUUAUCCUACCAGAGGACCAGUGGAGGGAAUGUUACGCCUACUCCAACGAUCAGAGGAUACUAAUAGAACCCUACUCUCUCGAGUCUUCCUCUUCAGAUGAGUUUGCUAGUGUUGAGAAUCAUGUGUCAAAGGUUGCACUGGUCAUCCUAGAUCUCCACGGAACCAUCCUCUGUACCCACAGCAAGUACUCAGGCUGGCUGGACCAGAUCUGCUCAAGGUUAGAACAAGCCACUGGCCUGCAUGAUCUGACGACAGAAAUUCACCAGAGACUGGGUAUAUGUGAAAGGACAGGCAAAAUAAUGGAUGGUUUAUUGAAUGAACACGGCACUACAAAUAUGGAGGUGAGGUCGUCACUGGUGGAGAUGAUCCAUAAACACCUUACCUACGAGGAAACCCUGAUGGUUGUAAACAAAGUCUGGCAGGAGUGCGAGUCCUUACUUCUUGAAGAGCCAAAAUCACUUCACAAGGAUGUCAAAAACUUCUUCAAAACACUGAAGAGAAAAGGAAUCAAAAUAGCCAUAUGUACUGGUGAUCAACGAGAGCUUGCUCUGUCGGAUUUGAAAAAUCUGGGCGUGUUAAAGUAUAUUGAUAUGAUGGUCUGUGGAGAUGAUCCACACUCCAUCUGUAAGUCUCCUGACCAAAGCACAAGGCUUAUUUGUGACGAGCUCAAUGUCAUCCCAGAGAAAACUGUCAUCGUUGGGGAUUCUACCAAAGAUUUUCAAUUUGAAAAAUCAGCCAAGGUUCAUAAGAUUGGUGUAUUAUCUGGUGUUGGGUCUGCAGAUGACCUGAAGUGGGUCACAGACCUAGUGGUGCCCUCCGUAGAUCAUGUAAUCGACCAUAUAAUGGAAGAGCCUCCAGCCAGUCCCGGUAAACAGAUGGUACCUCCCGACGUGAUUCCUGUGAUUAGGAAGCCAGGAGGAAUCGGUGCCCAGUGUAGGCUGUUUGGCACCAGGACACAGCUGAGACAACCUUUCACUUUCACAGUAAAAGGUGCACAGGUGAGAAAUUUCGCCACAGUAUCGGAGGACAGAGCCACCUGCGACUACGUUAUUGUUGGUGCAGGGUCAGCCGGCUGUACCUUAACUAAUCGAUUGUCUGCCGAUCCAAACAACAAGGUGUGUGUUCUAGAGGCUGGCCCAAAGGACUACAGCUGGAAGAUCCACAUGCCUGCUGCCCUCAUGUAUAACCUUUGUGAUGACAAAUACAACUGGUACUACCACACCGAACCAGAGCCACACAUGAAUAACCGAGUCAUGUAUUGGCCACGAGGCCGUGUCUGGGGAGGAUCGUCCUCACUCAAUGCCAUGGUCUACAUCCGUGGCAAUGCUGGUGAUUACGAUGGAUGGGAGAAGGCAGGAGCAAAAGGUUGGUCAUAUGCUGAUUGUUUACCCUACUUUCAAAAAGCUCAGACCCAUAAUCUUGGAGGAAAUGAGUACAGAGGAGGCGAGGGUCCUCUUCAUGUGUCACGAGGAAAGGCCGACAACCCACUGCAUCAUGCCUUUAUAGAAGCAGGUCAGCAGGCCGGCUUCCUCUUCACAGAUGACAUGAACGGCUACCAGCAGGAGGGAGUAGGUCUGAUGGAUAUGACCAUUCACAAGGGUCGGCGCUGGAGUGCUGCAGUGGCUUAUCUCAGGCCAGCACUAAAGCGUGACAACGUGAAAGUGGAGUCAAAUGCACUGUCCACAAGGAUUUUGUUUGAGAACAAGCGAGCGGUUGGUGUAGAGUAUGAACAGAAGGGAGUAAAAAAGGUUAUAAGAGCGGAGAAGGAGGUGAUUUUGAGUGGAGGGUCCAUAAACUCCCCUCAACUCCUCAUGCUGUCGGGCAUAGGUAAUGCAGAUGAACUGAAAGCACUGAAUAUCCCAGUGGUUCAACACCUGCCUGGUGUUGGGGAGAACCUCCAGGACCACCUCGAGGUGUAUGUACAGGAGGCCUGCAAACUUCCCAUCACUCUCUACUCGGCUCAGUGGAAGUUCCCUCACAAUAUGAUACGUAUAGGGCUGCAGUGGUUCCUCACUCAGAAAGGUGAUGGGGCUACCACUCACUUAGAAAGUGGUGGGUUCGUCUCGAGUGAAGAAGGCCUAGAGUAUCCGGACAUUCAGUUCCAUUUCCUGCCGUCUACUGUCUACGAUCAUGGACGCGUUAACGGCAAUGAACAUGCCUACCAACUCCAUGUGGGACCAAUGCGUGCUACAAGUAGAGGCUAUAUCAAACUGAAAACCAGCAAUCCCAGAGACCAUCCAAAGAUCGUAGCCAACUACCUGUCGACAGAAUAUGAUAGAAGGACAAUGAGGGACAGUAUCAAAGUUGCAAGGAAAGUGUUCAGACAGAAGGCUUUUGAUCCUUUCCGUGCAGGACGGGAGAUAAGUCCUGGACCUGAGUAUCAAACAGAUGCUGAACUUGAUGCCUUCAGCCGUGCCCACGGAGACAGCUCAUAUCAUCCAUCGUGUACAUGUAAAAUAGGAGCAGAGACUGACCCGAUGGCUGUGGUGGACUCGCAAACCAGUGUUUUUGGGGUGGAUAACCUGCGCGUUGUUGAUGCCUCUAUCAUGCCUAAUGUUAUUACCGGAAACCUUAACGGACCUACCAUAAUGUUGGCCGAGAAAGCUGCCGACAUCAUCCUGGGAAAAACGCCACUGCCUCGGUCCACAGCUCCUGUGUACAAGAACAAAGUAUAGUCUGUGGAAGGAUGUUUCCUGUAUAGACAAGAUUCCAAAGUUCAAAUCAGCAUAAUCCAUUGAAGGGUUUUAUAUAGAUACAGCAAUUUCUGUAAUUUUGUACGAGUACAUUAAUGAUAUCUACAUUCUUAUGUGGUUGUUAGUAAACAACUUACUUCAGCUUUGCAGCAGUUGAAGAACAAAAUGUGAAAAUGAAAUUUGCUUUAAAUUUUUAUCGAAAUUCCAGGACUUAUUAAUUUGAAAUGUGCAAGUGAAGUGACAGUGUUGCAUUUUUUGUUGUGAGUCCUGUGUAGAAAAUCCCUGUAGUGUUUUUUGGGUGUUCAGUUUUUAAUGGAUCUAGGCAUAUUGUAGCUAAUUUUUCUUUUUUACUUUUAUACCAAUGUCCUUUAAUGCUGUUUUCAAACAUCUGAUAAAAGAUUUUUGUUUUGCAAUGGUUGUCCCAUAAAAUCCAUUUUAUUGGCUGUAAGUUAUUUUGUUGAUCAGGACACAUUGGUAACUAUUGAAACAAAGUUAAUAGGAUGAUGAUCAAAUUGUUUUUUUCUUAUGUUUCAAAAUAAGUUGUUAAAACUUUUUUGAGGUGUCAAUGUUUCCAGAUGAUGUUAGUGCUAAUUAAAAUUUUACAAUCCAAUAUAUUAAGUACUGUAAGUACAGCCUACGCUGAACGGAGACCUAUACACUGCUAGCAGUAUUUCAUAUGUACCAUAGACAAGUAUGUGCUAAAACGACUAAAAUAGGGUCAUUUCAAUACCCUAUCCAAUAUCAGCCCACAGUAGGAUAUAUGGAAAUGACCAUAUGAUAACCUUUGAUUAUGUAUAAGUAUAAUAUACCGGGUAUCUUUUUAGGUGUUCAUGAAUGAUCGAUAUUAAGACAAAAAGAGUUCAUAUAUGGUUGAUAUUCAAAAGAAUUAGAUAUUUAAUGGAUACAGGGUAUCGUAACAUAAUAAUCUGUAUAAAUCACACGGGUAAAUUAUCAAAUAGUGAACAAAGUUUAUAACAAAGAUAUAGGGAUCCAUGUGAUGUGUUCAUAACCACCAAUCAGCUUUACAGUAUACCAUAUAUAGACGUCCUUGGACAAUCAGCAUUAAACAUUGUAUACAUAUAUAUACUUAAUUCUGUCAGUAUUGUGAACAAAGUUUAUAACAAAGAUAUAGGGAUCCAUGUGAUGUGUUCAUAACCACCAAUCAGCUUUACAGUAUACCAUAUAUAGACGUCCUUGGACAAUCAGCAUUAAACAUUGUAUACAUAUAUAUACUUAAUUCUGUCAGUAUUGUGAACAAAGUUUAUAACAAAGAUAUAGGGAUCCAUGUGAUGUGUUCAUAACCACCAAUCAGCUUUACAGUAUACCAUAUAUAGACGUCCUUGGACAAUCAGCAUUAAACAUUGUAUACAUAUAUAUACUUAAUUCUGUCAGUAUUGCCUAUAACCAGAACAAAGACAAAUAUCAAUUUUACUUUUUUCCCCCAUUUUUGUUUGAUAAAUCAUUUAUCAAAGUUAGCAUUUUGGUGCUUCUUGUCUUGUGUUAGAUUGCAAUUAUACUUUUGUUGUUGUUGUUGAAGUUAAAAAAUUUGAAUUAUAUAAUUGAAAUAUUAAAGUACAGAUGGUGCAAGUACUGAAGUCCCAGUGUUUAUGAAUCUUGUUUUAUGGUUGAUACAGAAUUUAAUUCCCCAAGUUUCAUGGAAUUGAUUUAUUUUAUUUAGGUUGAUAAAAAGAAGUUGACAGAAUGUUCCUGAGUUGAGGUGACUGGUUUUACAGUCUUGCUACAGGACGAUAUGGCCAGGUCAUAUGUAAAGGGAGACAACCAAGUCUGUGUAAACUUCUUGGUCAGCUGGUCACAACAGAUGUAUCAACAGUGUGCAAGAAAAUGAUACUUGUGUCAAUUCAUUGAAUAGUUGUUGAUAAUAUUUUGGAGUAAUUACAACCUUGACCAUCAAAACACAUUCCAUUAUUACCAAGAAAUGAUUCAGACCAUGUAUAUUAUUAUACAACUAAAACAUAACAUUCACAGGAUGAUGAUGUGAGAGAAAACUAAUAAACUACAUUGUUGGAAAA